AUGGAUAUAAGGUGGCGGUUGCGUCGAGGAGCGGCAGCAACUCCAACACGGCCGAGGGGCUUCCUCUCUCUCAAGGCAGAUUUCUCCAAGCCGGACUCGAUCCCAUCACUAUUCGCCGCCGUCAAGGACGAGUUCCGUGCCUCUUCCAGCGUCGUCGUCUACAAUGCCGCAGGUCGUACGCUGCCACCUGUCAAGGAGUCCGUGCUCUCGACUCCGGCCGAGACAGUCGUGUCAGACUUGAUCGUCAACACUAUCAGCCCCUACGUGGCCGCGCAGCAGGCUGUCAGCGGAUGGGCAUCGCUGCCGAAUGAGGCUAAGAAGACGUUCAUAUACACGGGCAACAUCCUGAACGUGUGCGCUGUGCCCUCGCCGAUGAUGAUGACUCUGGGCAUGGGCAAGUCCGCUUCGGCGUACUGGAUCGGGCUUGCCGACAACCUGUAUUCCACCCAGGGCUUUCGAUCCUUCUGCGCCGAUGAGCGCUACGAGGACGGGGCCCUCAAGGGAAUGGCUAUCGACGGGGACGCCCAUGCAGACUUCUAUGCACAGCUGGCGGCCCACGAGGGGAAUGUGCCGUGGCAUGCCACAUUUGUGGAGGACGAGGGUUAUGUCGGCUUCAAGCUCCGAGUUGAAAGACGUCCUUCAAGGCAUUCCACAUGA